CUCCCGCUCUCCGAGGCAACGCUGUCAUGUUACCAUAGUAAUGGACAGAAGCGAAUGGGAGAAGAUACUCACCUGUUUUCAGGCAUCUGCACGUGGAUACUUGGUGAGAAACGAAGUCCGUCGUGCACGAGAAGACUUUGAAGACAUCGUGAGAGAGACUGAUGGGGGGUUGACUCAUUUACAGUGGAGGGAGACGGUUAUCCCCACUCCCCACUUCACAGACACUGACGGCCCGUGUCUGCGACCCUGCAGAUCUGAGAGCAAGCCUUCAAAUCCAGGACUAGAUGUCUGUGACAGUCCCAUCGGCCCAGCAGCAGCAUCAGAGGAGAGAGGAGGUCAUCGUGCUCCGCUGGAGAAGACAGAAGCAGAGAGAGACGAUUCACAAGCCGAAGGACGGGCCUCUUCUUCUAAAGACAGUUUCCCUAGCAGCAAUGUUAGAGGGGAUGCAGAGGGGCAUAAAGGAAACAGUGUGGGGGCAAAAGAUGGAGGGGUGAUGGAGAGCACAGGUGAUACCACUGUCUGGAGCAGUUUGGAGCUGGACAUGAGCUAUGGUCACUCUCACAAAGGUCCCCGGCAGUACUGCUUGGCCCAAGAGGUGCCCUGUACCCCGGAGGCCCUGCGUCUCCAUAGAAACACCCUGACCAUGGAGCUGCUCUGGCUCCAACAGGCCAUUGACAGCAGGAAAAAGUACUUGUCACUGAAGGAUAGGCUGAGCGUAUCCUGACAGCAGAAGUAAUCUGAACUGGACUGAUAAUGUGAGACUGAAGACCUGAGUGGAACUCAAGUGGCACCGGUUUUAUUAUUUUAUAUAUUAUACACAGUAAAUAAAUUGCUUUCAGUUGUAUUUAUCAUGUGUUUGGUGACGCGUGUACAUUGUGUCUGUUAUUUGUUACUGUAAAAAAAAUAAUAAAUUAUAUUUUUUCUAAAAAGUC